AUGGAUGGAUACGACCAAUUAGUUGAUCGUCUACACUGGACAGAACUAGUUGCAAUUACUCUAGUAAUACCUUCAGUUAUACUGCAUUCACUGACUGAUUAUCAUGUUAAUUAAAUUAUUUCAGUUUUCAUUAAUAAUUCUCACAGUUUGUGAAAGUCUCGGAGGAUUUAUUAACAACUCAGAUGAAGUGAUCCGUAGAAAGAGAUGUGAUAAAAGUGUAACUGUAUUCAAUGGAAAACAAGCGGCAUGCAAGGGUGAUAUCAUCUUUGAGGAAGAUUUCGAACAAAAAGUCUCUGGGAAUUCCCGCGAUGACGAUUGGGCAAGGCAAAAUAAUUUCAUCUUAUUGAACUCGUCUGUUUGGGAGAGAGAAAUAAAAAUUCCUCAACAACCCGAUUAUCAAUUUUGCGUCUAUCAUAAAUUAGAAAAAAAUAUAAAAAUUGAUAAUGGCGCGCUGAAAAUUAUACCGACAAUAUUGGAGGACGAGUUUGGGGAAAAUGUCGUGUACUUUGGGAGUCUUCAAUUAGCCAAUUGUGAUGGACUCCCCCAAGAAUGCUUUCGCACCGCAGUAUCAUACAAUAUUCUUCCCCCAAUAAUUUCCGCGCGUUUAACAACAAAAAGUACAUUCAAUUUUCGAUACGGAAAAAUUGAAAUCAAAGCGAAAUUUCCGAAAGGAGACUGGCUUUUCCCGGAGAUUCGGUUAGAGGGUACCAAUAUCAGAGUAACUUUAGGAAUGGCUAGAGGCAAUGACAAUUUUUACAUGAAGAACGGCUCAGGCGGAGAUUUGAGCUCUAGAUUACUAGAAUUUCAGGUUGAAGAAGUCAUUCCGAAUAAUACAACGUCCACAAAAAUAACUAAACUGAAGGAUUUCGAAUUUUGGAGCGAUAAGUUCCACGUUUACACGACAAUUUGGAGCGAACAAGGACUGAUUUUCGAAGUUGACAACGAAAGAGUAGGUGAAGUGCCUCGCUUGAAUAACCAAUCGGAUUCUUUAUCUAAAGACUUGCAUCUAGUCCUGGGCUUAGGCGUAGGAGGCAUCCAGGUAUUUCCCGAUAACACAAGAAGCGGCAAUUACGAAAAACCUUGGAGGAACGUCGAGGCGAAGGCUAUGCUCCGUUUUUGGCAGACCAAGGACCAGUGGCUACCGACGUGGCAUCUGUCUACCAAGCAAACUGCAGCACUUGAAAUUCAAUAUGUCAAAAUAUCUGCUGUUUAGUUUUUUAAAUUUUUUAUAAAGAAAAUGUGAAGGCACAAAGAAUGCAGAACUCAUUUGAUUUUCUCAUAUUGAAAUACUCAAUGGGAUAAAGUGAAAGAAGUGAUGAGGUGAAAGAAAAAGAAAAUAUCUGCAGGCGAAAUAACCAUCUCCCUUUGGGCAUGAGUGACUCUCGAGAGGAUUCAAAGGAAGGGAUAAUUUUAUUUGACCGCUAAUCUGUGAAACCGGUUCCCAAGGUGUCCAUGUAUCCGAGAUCUUUGCAACUCCGUUAUGAUUUAUCAUUAG